CUCUAAAGCUGUUCGUGUUGUACACGAGUAUAUACGUGUCACUCAGUCAACCCGGUAUUUGUUCGCAAGAAAAUUUUGGAUUUUUAUUUCCUAAUAUCUUAGAAAAACCAACAAAUAUGACAGCAUUAGCAGUAUUACAUAAAUUUUGGUUGGAAUAUGCGAAAAAUACACCUAAGAAACUCAAAAUUAUCGAUGCGUACUUAUUGUACGUGUUUCUUACGGGUGUUACUCAAUUCAUUUAUUGUUGUCUUGUCGGCACAUUUCCUUUCAAUAGUUUUCUCAGUGGUUUCAUAUCUUGUGUAUCCUGCUUCAUUCUAGGAGUUUGUCUUCGAUUGCAAGUUAACCCACAGAAUAAAAGUCAAUUUCACGGCAUAAGCCCAGAAAGAGGAUUUGCAGACUUUAUCUUUGCACAUAUUAUUUUACAUAUUGUUAUAAUGAAUUUUAUUGGAUAAAAGGUACACAAGAUACAAUAUGUUUAUUAAAAUAAAUCAAUGUAUUAUGUAUGUUAAAGAAUAUAUAUAUUUCUGAUAUA